AUGGCAGCUCUGCCGGAGACGCGUACAGUGACAACCAGCGGAGUCUUGAAUAAACCUACCAGGUUUUUGAGAACCGAGAAUCCUGCGGAUGAGGUUUUUACAAGACUCAAUUACCAACAUUGCCUACAUGACCCACGUCGAUCACCAGCGGACCACGUGUAUUCCACAAGAUGUCCUCACGAAUUUCGGUUCCAAAAACGAACGACUAGAACAGAGGCAAUUCCAUCCGCCACGGGACCAUUGCCUCCGGUGGAAGAUGAAAAAGUAGUUGUAGAAGAACUGGUGGUGCAUCUGAGUGAUUUGGUGUACCAAAUGUACGCCGAGUGGACCAUGUCUUGGGAGUUUACUGUCUUGGGCAUGUACGACGACCAAAUCCAUAUCAUUAAUCACGCUACUAUCACGCCAUACAGCGACCCAGCCGAGUGGAAAACUAUCACUGUGGGCAGCGUGAAGGACAUAUUAGGAAGGUUCAAAGGCUCUCAUGGUCUUGAGUGGUCACGUCAAGAGAUAUCUUUGGCAACGUUUGAUAAAACUCGACGCGAGCUAGAUGAUCUGAAGAAAGCGAUGCUGCAAACACGCAACACAUUGCUCGAAACUUUUCAAGAGCCCUCAAUUGAUAUGACUCGAUUAGUCUUUCGUUCGAAACAUGGCGAAACUUUUAAACAUCUGUAUGUCCCAAGCCGUAUACUCACACGAUUCGAGUACUUUCAGAAAUUUGGACUGACUGGUUUAUUGUUGGCGUACCCAGGUCACUCGCCAGAAGACUCUGAGUCACAACGUCUGGAUAAAGCAAAGCGCAAAAGGGACGAAGCUGAAAUGCUUACCGAAGAGUUACCCUGCAAUGAUUCUGAUGAAGAAUGGGACAGUGAACCAGACAACAGUGAACCUGACAAGAGCAGUGGAUUCAAAGCUACUAUCCAUGUCGAUGGCACCUCUCGACGGACAUAUCAAGCAUUCAUCGAUUAUGCAAUCUGCGGAGCUCUGCAUUUCGCACCGCUGAGGUCUGCAUACCAACAAUACUGUGAAAACCCUUCCGUUCCGGCUCCAGAGAGCGGCCAAUUACCAAAAUUAGAAAAUGUUCAAUCACAGCAACUAAAACCUCAUCUAUCACAAGAACCGAAAAAUGAGCAAUCACAGCAACUAAAACCUCAUCUAUCACAAGAACCGAAAAAUGAGCAAUCACAGCAACUAGAACCUAGUCAAGCACCACAACUUAUCCCUUGGCCUGAGUGGGCUGAAGCUCACUGCACCCCUCACACUGUUGUACCCGGGUUCAAAGUGCUCUCAAGCCCAAAGAGUUUGCAUCGUUUGGCCCAUACAUUGAACAUUCCUGAAUUAAAAGCAAUAUGUCACAAACAAAUUAUUGACUCCCUCGAGGUCGGCAAUGUAAUUUCUGAAAUCCAGAGUCCAAUUUUCAAGCAACAUGAAGAACUACGAGUUGAAGCCUAUAAAUGGAUAAACAAAAAUUGGCAAUCACUUACUACCUCCGACCUUAUCUCUCUUGUCAAAAAUCUUUCAGAAGAGGAAGCUACUCUUCUUGUCGAAUAUACCCUUGAUGAUCUUGCUCCCUGUGCAUAA